AUGAAGCUAUUGCUUUUGUUGACAAUAUUUUCCGUCAGUUGGCUUCACUUAGAGGCUAGAAAGCGCAUGACGAGAACCACUAGCUGCUUGAUCCAUCACAUGUACCAACACGAACGACAUUGUAGGGGUCCACGACGCAUUUUUUAUGUCUUCCAUAGAGUGAUAUUUGACUGCAUUAAGGUGACCACCAAGUGCCGACAGAUUUACAGAAGGAACGAGUUCAAAACAUUACGUUCAUGCCAAGAUUACUGCUCGUACCACAUGAAAGUGCCCAAGCCAGCGGAAUCAACUGCUUCUGGAGAUGGAUCAACUAUUGCAGCAGGGGGCGAUGUAUCGGCGCCAACUACAGGUGCCCCACCACCUGCAGAGUAA